UUCAUAUACACAGCGGCGCUGCUUAAUUCAGUCACCAUCAUACGUCAGGAUGGUAGCAGCGUCGUCUUCUUCGCGGUCAAAGCCCGUGAAGCGGGUCAAGGGAGGGACAGAGACAACAAAGUCGCAUCGAUUCGAACCGUUUUCGCAGCGCGUCGCAAAGCUCAAGAUCGAUCCCAUCCAUCGCGUGCGCCGCCCCAGCUUCGGUGAAGAAGGCGACGAGACCUCCUCCUACUUUCGUUCGGCCUUCGAUCACUGGGUGGAGUUGAACCUGUCCGAGAAUUUCGUACAAUUCGCCCGUCGAGUCAACCCGCUGUGCGAGAGUCUGGCCCAGAUCCUGUACCACGAGGACAAGAUUAUGAACCUGCUGGUGGAGUUCAUCGAGAAGAGGGAUCAGUUGUCGAUAGAGCCACUCUUGGCUCUUCUUGCCCAAUUUGCACGAGAUCUGGGUGUACGCUUCGAGAAGCACUUCGCCACGGCCGUCACCCUCGUCGCAUCCGUUGCAGCCACCCACACUGACGUCGAAGUUGUCGAAUGGAGCUUCAGCUGCUUGGCAUGGAUCUUCAAGUUCCUUUCGCGACUUUUGGUCCCAGACCUUCGGCAGCUGUUGGGCAUCAUGACUCCCUAUCUCGGCAAAGAACGACAAAAGACACAUGUUGCCCGAUUCGCCGCCGAGUCCAUGUCCUUCCUUAUUCGCAAGGCGGGUCUGGUCUAUUACAAGAAUCCCACUCCCCUUCAACGUGCGGUCUCGUUCCUACUGGAGGAUCUACGUCAAGCAGCUGGUGACGACAAGAAUGUCGAUAUCUACAAGGACGGACUUAUGGCCAUGUUCUCCGACGCCAUCAAGGGUGUCAAGAAUGGCAUUCACUCUAACGGAACUGAUAUCCUGACUUGCAUUCUGGAACAUAUCUGCAACGGUGAUGAUCUACAAAGCAGUCUGGCGCUAGACGUCACUUGCGGAUUGCUUAUCAACUUAAUGCACAAUACGACGGCCGAGACCUAUGAACCCAUCCUGGAUACCGUCCGCUCUUACAUCGAAUCAUCCUGCUCCAAGACCGACAAGCAACAUGCGAACGCAUGCUGUCGCUUGAUAUUCCAGUGUAUCGCCACUCGCAAGGGUUCUCGAGUCAAGGUCUGGAAGCCUGUUCAUAAUAUCCUCCUUCGUCUGCUCAAGAAGGCUGCAGAAGCGCCGGAGGCGUACGCUGAGGCUGCCCCGCAGCUUCUGACUGCUGUCGCAUAUGCACUUCAAGUCUCUCCAAUGGACGAGAUGUUGCCAUACAUGCGUUCACUCAUGGAUGCUGUGACCAACGACAAACUUACAUCCUUCUUCCUGCCGUUUUGUGCUACCUUCUCGGAGUGGGGUCCCGAGAGAUUCCACAGCGUCGUCCUGCCUUAUUUCCAGAAAUUCGUCAACACAUUGUGGCAGGAGCACGAGCAUGAGCUCUGCCUGGCCUUGUUGCGACUGAACCAGGCUGGCUGCAUUACAUCAGAAGCCUCGAAGCCUGGUUAUAUUACCUGCCCUGCAACGUGGAAAUCCCGUGUCAAGGAUACACUAAGCAAGCCCACACACAAUGCUACAGAACUGAGCCUUGUCAACGCAUAUUCUAAGCUUCCGAAUGCGAUAUCUUUGUCAACGGAACCGACUUUGUUGCCUGAUAUGGUACAAACCUUGCACGGUCAUCUGCUUCGCACCUUGAAGAAGAACAAGAAGAAUGUGGAUACGUCUGCGAGAACCAAAUUCUACUUGGGCCAAGGCUUCAAGGCAUAUGUGGAACUUGCCUUGCAGUCCGAGAAACUCGACCGCUCUCUCUGGAAGCAGAUCAGCGCAGUAGCCGCAACGUACUCUCGUCUCCCGGUGUUCCUCGAAGCGACGCUGGCUUAUAUCUCGGCUCUGAACGGAGACAUCGACCUCAAUGACUCCACCGUCGAAGACUUUGCGGAUGUGCUCAUUACAAAUCUCAACGGCCCGUCUCAGAAACUCAGGUUAUUGUCUUUGAAGAUCCUUAGAGAACUGGUUCAAGCGUUGGGCGACGAUGCUGAGAUGGUCUCUCUCGCCAUUGAGAUUGAAGAGAGUCAGUUGACGCUUCAUAGCCAUAGAGUUUUGGCAAUGCAAGUGCGUAAACUUGCUCUAGCUUAUCCACAGGUGGUCCCCCGCAGGUGGAUGGCUAGGUUGAUUCCCAACUUCUGUUUUGGACUCUUUUCCAAGAAGAUGACUCCGUUGUGGGACGAUUCUGCGGAGGCCUUGAAAUCAAUGAGCGAGAAUCCCGAGGGUGAGAAGAUCAUUUCGGAUCUUGCCAUGAAGUGGCUCCUCGAACGGGGCUCUUUGGACACGAGUGCAGAUGAGCAAGAGGAAGAAACCCCUGACUACCGGUCUGGUUAUUUCCAGUGCUUUAACGCGGCCAGGAUUGAAGAUAUAUCCGCUAAAUACUUCCAAGGCCCUGAGCAACCCGAUUCAAUGCUAGAGGACGAGUACAGCAAGGAUCAUACCUUCACGGAUGCACUACCAGCUUCUCCCCGAACCCAUGCUCUUCGUGUUCUGAACGCCAUCCCCAAUAUCGCAGAGAAACGAUUCCGCCAAAUCGCGCCCUUGUUUCUCCAGUGGGCUUCGCGUGAUGACGACGAGAGUUCCUCGGACGAAGACUUCAUCCCCUGGGGUUUCCUCGAUCGUCUGGCAUUCCUCAGGCUUCUUGGUCAAUUCGUCAAUCCUCGUGUUCUAUACAGGGCUCCUGAGAUUCAUGAUGCUAUUCUGGGAUUGCUUUGCCAUGGUAACUCGGACAUUCAAAAAUGCGCACUCAAAGCUCUUUUUACUUGGAAGUCACCAAGUAUUGUCCCUUACCAAGAGAAUCUUAUGAAUAUCAUGGAUGAAAACCGCUUUAGGGAUGAGCUUUCUGUGUUCGUUCGCGUUGGUGGUGAAGAUAGCUUGAUCGAGGAAGCACACCGGCCUGAGCUCGUUCCUGUUCUCCUCCGUGUAUUGUAUGGUCGUAUGAUCUCGAAGGCUGGCGCGACUUCUAGCCAGGCAGGGCAAACGGGUCGGAGAAAGGCCAUUUUGAGAACCUUGUCACAACUACCUGAUAAGGAAUUCGAGGUCUUCAUGCAAGUCUCCUUCGGUCCUCUUAGCGAUGUCAGUCUUGUCCGCGAUGGUCAAAUUGAGCAGCAAGCUUUCGAGCAAUCUCUGGCUAGUCCGAGGAAGCAAAUGGGUCUGCUGAAGAUGAUUGAAACUGUCUUCGAAACACUUCAAAACCGAAUGGUCCCCUAUGCGGAGAGAUCCAUGAACGUGGUGCUUUAUUGUCUUGUGCGAGCAUGCCGGGAGCUUGAGAAGGCGCAGACGGCGUCAGCUGCAGACUCGCAAGAAGAACGGCAGCUGACAGUGCUGCGUAAUAUUCGCUACACGUGCAUACGCUGUCUCGACCUCAUCUUUGCCAUGUCUCUCGACACUGACUGGUCGUCUUACGUUCGCAUCAUUUUUGACGAGGUGAUCAAUUCAAGACUGGAAGGUUUCGCCAUUGAAACCGCUCAGGGUGUAUCCGGUCUCCUCAAGCUCUUCCAUACCUGGGCUACUUCCCCGAAAUCGUCAUUCUAUCUCACCAAAUUCAACGAUGCCUUGUUGACGAAGGUGGUGGAUAUCCUUGGUGUCGACUCCGCACGAGAUGAAGUCAAGGCUUUCGUCAUGGAUGAGGUCUUGAAUCCCUUGAUCGGGCUGGCCACUGGAAAGACGCUUCAGGAUAACGAGACCAUGAGUGAUAUUCCUGCGGACGAAAUUAGGUCCCAGGUUUUGGGUCCUUAUAUUGAGCACAUUCUGUCUCACUUGGCUCAGCUCCUCAAACGUGGCCCCUCCCGUACUUUGCUCGUCUCGGGUGUUCAAACUCUUUCUCUCAUCUCGCCCUGCGUUGAAUCUUCGAAGGAGACAUACAGCCUUAUCAGCAUCACUACCUAUCUUCUCCGCCAACCCCCCGACAGAGUCUCCCCUAAAACUAAAUCCGGCCUCCUGCGCUCCCUGGAGCAUUUCCUACCCUUAUUCAACACCCAGGAGGAUCUUGAGCUCACCAAGGCCGUUUUUGAGGCCAUCUCGUCCCUUUUCGAUUACUUCCGGGACGAUGCGAACAGAGAGGUUCUGUCCAGAGUCUUCACGGCGUUUGCCACCCACGACUCUGAUCUUACCAAGGUUGCUAGUCUGUGUGAGGACUUGAACUCCAUCUCUAGAAAGAAGCUGGAAGUCGAUUACGAACGCCGACUGCAAGCUUUCAGAGAAAUCAACGACAAUUUGUGGGGCAAGCUUGACGCUAAGCAGUGGCGCCCGCUGCUCUACAACGUGUUGUAUCAAGUCAAAGACGAGGAAGAACUCGCGAUCCGAACGAGUGCUGCUUUCGGCCUGAAGCGAUUCAUGGAGCGAGCCAUUCUUCCCAAUGACCAAGACGAAAUGGAAGUGCUUGUAACCGAUAUCUUGUUCCCUGCUUUGCAGGCCGGUGUUCGCCAGAAGUCAGAGCUUAUCCGCGCCGAAUUUGUGGCUGCGCUCGGAUAUUUCAUCAAGCUGAACCCUGAACGCCCAACCGUGAAAGACAUGCAUGUCUUGCUUGUGGGUGACGAUGAAGAAGCCUCGUUCUUCAACAAUGUCCUGCACAUCCAACAACAUCGUCGUCUGCGUGCACUGCGCCGUUUGGCAGGCGAAGCAGCCAAGGGCAAUCUUCAGGCGUCCAACAUUAGCACCAUCUUCAUUCCUCUCAAUGAACACUUUGUGUUUGACGAAGAGGUCGAUGAGGCGGCUCACAACUUGACCGCCGAGGCUGUGAAUACCAUUGGCACUCUGGCAGAAUCUUUGGAGUGGCCCCAGUUCCGUGCCAUCUUCCGGAGAUAUCGUGGCUACAUGCAAAGCAAGUCGGAAUUGGAGAAGAGCAUUUUGAGACUUCUUGGUAAGAUGUCUGACUCGUUGACCAACGCCAUGAAACAGCAUAAAGCUAUCAAGGAUGCUGCUCAGAGUGGGAUGGACGGUCUUGAGACGUCAGAGCCGACCUCCACUCUCGCACGAACCAUCCCUUCAGCCGCAAAGGUUGCGAACGAGCUUACUUCUAAUUUCAUCCCUCAGUUGACCAACUUCAUUCACCACAAGGAUGAAGCGCAGAUGAGUCUACGUCUGCCAGCUGCGGUCACGACCAUCAAGCUUUUGAAGUUGCUGCCUGAGGAAGACAUGGCCAUCCGUUUGCCCCCAGUUCUGCUGGAUGUUUGCAGCAUUCUUAAGAGUAAGGCUCAGGAUUCACGAGACACUGCUAGAAAGACACUCAAUGAGAUUGCGCUCCUGCUGGGUCCUGGUUACCUCAGAUACAUCCUGAAGGAACUGCGUACCACUUUGACCAAGGGCUAUCAGCGUCACGUGCUUUCAUUCACUGUUCACUCUAUACUCGUCGGUACGACAGACGUGUUCAAACAGGGCGAUCUGGACGACUGCCUGACAGAACUGGGCUCUAUUAUCAUGGACGACACGUUUGGCGCUGUGGGCCAGGAGAAGGAGGCAGAAGAGUAUGUGAGCAAGAUGACGGAAGUCAAGAGCAGCAAGAGCUACGAUUCGAUGGAGCUCUUAGCAAAGAAUGCUACUGUUCCCAACCUUGCCAGGCUCCUCCGACCUCUGCAAUCGCUUCUUCUGGAGAAGCUCAACUCCAACAUUAUCAGGAAAGUCGACGAGCUACUGCGAAGAAUUGGCGUGGGUCUUUUGAGGAACCCUGGAGUGGAAAGUCGCGACAUCCUGAUGUUCUGCUACGAAAUCAUCAAGGAGACGUACAAAGGACCCAUUCAAGCGGAGAACAAGACAGUCAAAUCGGCACAGGAAGAAAAUCUGUUGAUUGACCUCAAGUUCCACAAGCGAAGCGACAAGAAAGGAAGCACGACUUCUUAUCUUUACAAGUUGACGCGCUUCUCUCUCGAUGUCCUGCGUACUGUCUUGAACAAGUACAAUUCCUUGCUCACGCCCGGAAAUCUGGCUGGGUUCAUUCCUGUCAUCGGCGAUUCACUGGUCCAGGCACAUGAGGAAGUUAAGACUUCAGCUCUCCGCUUGUUGUCGACAAUCAUCAAGCUUCCGAUUCCGGAAAUUGAUGCCAAUCAUCAUGUGUAUAUCACAGAAGCUGUCAAGGUCGUCAAGGAGGCACCGAGCACCAAUACGGAGGCUGCGCAAGCGUCCUUGAAACUGAUUACGGCAAUGCUACGAGAACGAAAGAGCACCAAAAUCAGGGACGGUCACCUUGCCUAUCUCCUCCAACGUCUCAACUCAGAUAUUGAGGAGCCUGACCGUCAAGGUAUAGCCUUCAACUUCGUCCGUGCAGUGAUGUCUCGCAAGUUUGUGGUGCCUGAAAUGUAUGAACUGGCUGAUAGCAUCGCUACCAUGAUGGUCACCAACCAGACUCGCGCCGCUCGUGAUUUAGCACGGGGCACGUACGUCCACUUCUUGAUUGAAUACCCGCAAGCCAAGAACAGAUGGACCAAACAGCUUAGUUUCUUGGCCAAGAACCUGGAAUAUAAGCAUCAAGAAGGGCGCCAAUCAGUCAUGGAGGCCAUUCACUUGUUGCUGUCUAAGACGGGCGAUGAGCUGGCUCAAGACAUUGUCAGCACGUUCUUCCUGCCCAUUGUCAUUGUGAUGUCGAAUGACGAUGCGCCUGAGUGCAGGGAGAUGGCUGGUCACCUAUUGGGCGAGUUGUACUCCAGGGCCGAUAGGGAACAGAUGAAGUCUAUGCUUACGCCUCUACACUCGUGGCUAGAACAGACGGAAAACAUGCUCUUGAACAGCACUGGCCUACAGGCCAUGAGAAUCUACUUCGAAGUCGAGGCGACGGAGAAAGACAAGGAGGCUCGAUUCGUUCUGGAUAUCUUGCCGUCCAUCAUGCAGCCAGUCCUCAAAGCCGACGAUAAUGAGAAUUGGCAGACGCUGUACUUCGCUCUUCAGCUUUUCUCGAAGCUCUGCAAGACCGUCCCCGCUCUGGCGCUUUCCCCGGAGCGUGCGCCGAUCUGGGCUGCCGUCCGCGAGAGUCUCUUCUACACCCACGCCUGGGUCAAAACCUGCGCCUCAAAUCUGGUUGGCACAUGGUUCGCGGACCUAGCACGCUUCAACGCCACCAAUGGCUACGCCUCAAUCCCGCUGGCUGGUUCCACGGGGUUGUCCCUCGACAAAGAUGCUAUGUUGCAGCUGAUCCGUGCCAGCUUGCGCUGUCUCCACACCCCGGCAGUCAGCGAGGAGCUUGCCAUGCAAUCCGUCCGCAAUCUUAUAUUCCUGGGUCGCUGCUGCGCUCAGAACGGGUUGGAGUUCACGCGGUCGGGUGGCAAGGACGCAGAGUCGGACGCUAGUGACAGUGAGCACGAAGAUGACGAGGAAGCCCAGCGGUCGUCCUCUCCCAAGUCCAAGCCUGCCAUUCGGUAUAUCUUCGAGCAGACGUCUUCCAUUCUCCGCCGAGAACUCAUCACCACACGGGCGGAGUCCUUGAUUCCCAAGACCGCUGCCAUCGGUCUUCUCGCUUCGCUGUGCCGCCAUCUCGAGGUUGACCAGCUCAGCGGAUCUCUCGCGGUCAUCCUGCUCCCUCUCCAGCACAUGACGGACAACACCAUCCCGGCGCCCCGCUCCUCGGACGAGGCGUUCCGCGAGUCGUACAAAUCCCUGGUGGCCAACUGCCACGAAGUGCUCGAUAUUCUGCAGAAGAAGCUCGGUACCACCGAGUUCGUGAAGCAGAUGGGCGAAGUCCAGGAUGCAAUCAAGGAGCGACGUGAAGGCAGACGCGUUAAGCGACGCAUCGAGGCGGUUGCCGAACCCGAGAGAUACGAGAAGGACAAGAGGAGGAGGAACGACCGCAAGCGCGAGAAGCGCAAGGAACGAGGAGCCGAGCACCGCGGCAAGAGACGUGGUUGGUAAGAGGAGUGGGUGAUUUGCUAAGCGAAUUGUUUCCUUUUUCUCAUCUUCUGGAGCUGUCAUAUAAAAAGUCCACGGCGUUGACGGAGAGGAUAGGAGAUUUCU